UUUUAUUAAUUUUAAAUGUUUUUUUUAUUUUCAGGAUCACUAGCUGUUGUAGUUGAUGUCCAGCCAAGGGAAAGUGUUGUUCUGCCAGGACAAAAUGUUACUUUCUUGUGUAAAGUUGGCGUACCUUUGCAAUACUGCCGUGUGGAUAUUCCUGGCAUGAGUACGUUUAAUCUCAACAAUAAGUUGCCUCCACGUGGUGGUGUGUCGUAUUAUGGCGCUGGACUCUCAGCAGGACAAUGUGGUUUCACGCUGGAUAGUGUGCAGGAGAUCAACAAUGGCAAGGUCAAGUGUUAUCUGGGUAUUGAGACAGAGUAUCAGGAACCGUUUGGAUCGAUGCAGUUAACUGUUGCACGACCACCAAGACAACCAGAACUAGAUUUAUCCCGAGGCACAGAUUCAUUAAGAGUGUACAAAAUGCACGACACCCUUCACGCCUCCUGCGUGAUAAGGGACGGAAGACCCGUAGCGAAUAUUUCCUGGUAUCUGGAUGAUGAACUUUUAACCGGCGAAGGACUCAGCAUGCCUACCAUUGUAGACCUGGCCAAGGAAGACCUACAUUCGAAAUUACAGAAUCUCACGCGGGUUUUACAACCCUCUGAUAACGGAAAACUGUUGAAAUGUGUAGCUACACAUCCGGCACUUCCGGAAAACAAUGUCGCAGCACGACAAUUGGAUGUAAAAUAUCCACCUUUAAGUCAACAAAAUCCAAUUGACAAGUUUGGUUAUGAGAUUGGUAAGUCGGGUAUAAUUUCGGUUGUGGUCGAAGCCAACCCCAAACCGCAAAUUGAAUGGACCAUAAGGGGUGAGAAGAUCCGAGAGGGCAAUGUUGACAGGUCCGGAAGGAUAGAAGCAGAGUCGGCUCAGGAUAAAGGACGUGGACAUUACGUGGCUAAUUUACGAAUUGCAGCGAUUAAUAAACAAGAUACCGAGACGCAAUUCAUUCUGACAGCUUACAAUGACAUGGGGACACAGGAAUACACGGUUCUGAUUUCGACAAGUCCUGAACCCGAAGGACUGAAAAAGUUUAUUUAUAAACGUUACAAUAUUCAUGGUGUUGAAUUUGGAGCUUCUGCGAUUGUGGCUAUUGUCGCCGCCAUUUUGGUGGUGUUUUUCCUCGUGUUUUUGACGGUGUUUGCGUGGAAAACCGAUCGGUGGUGUUUCUCCGGAGGCGCGCACGUCAUUGAUUACACGUCCGGCGGCGUAGGCGGCGCGGACGGCGGCGGCGGCGGCGACCACCAUCGCUCGACGCCGCGCGUCGUCGACGGCGUCGACAAUCCCCACCACCACGGCUCCCAAGAGUAUAUUAACGGCAACGAUCAUCCGAUCAAAGAGAAAAAAAUUGACACUGCCGUCUAAACCAAAAAAAAAAAACGAGAAAUCAACAUAAAAACAACACAUUAAUCAUAAAACUCACACACGCUCUCUAUUCUCAAACGAAAAAAACAAAAAACAUUCAAAAUAAUUAUCAUUUAUCACGUUAAUAUUUAGCUAGAAACAAUUUCGUCCUUAAAAGUUUUAAUUAAAUUAAAUUAAAUUUAAAUCUAAAUAACUUAUCGUUUUUUGUGAUCAUUACUUAAGUACAUUCUCGCCUAGUUAUAUAAAAAAUUAGUUUGUAGUCUUUUUUACUUUCGAAAACGGAACCAAUCACAUCAAAAACACUGCAACAUACAAUACUGCCAUAUUUCUAUUUUAUUCCACUUUGUUGACAACAAUUUAACAUAACAAUAUCUAACGAUUAAUAAAAAUAAAAGCUUACAGCUGAUUUAUUUGAAAUUAUUUUUGUUUCUUAAGCGUAGUUAAUGUUAGCCCGGCGCCUCCACUAUAUUCUCAUGUAUAUAAAAUUAACAAGAAAUAAAUCAGCUGUAAAAUACGUUUGAAAAACUUUAAAUAAAUCAAAAAAAAAAUUGUGAAAAAUUACUUCAUAAAUUUUAAAUCAUAAAGAAAACGUAAACUGUAUAAGUAAAUGUUUGAACAUGUGAAGAAUAUAAUAAAAUUUAUGUUUUAGCGCAAAAUAAUACAACAACACGAUAAUCAGAUUAAUCAAAUACAAUUAAAACGCAGCAUAUUAUUAUUUUAUUAAUUACGUAAUGUAAUUAAUUAAUAAAUUAUUUAAGCGGAUGGUUGCGCUCUGUUUGAAUUAUGUUUUCAAUCGCGAUCGAUUGAAUCGAAUGAAAUGUGAGAAUGUGAAAACUAUGCUCGAACACUCGAUUGUGUAUUACAUAAAUAAUAACAUUUAGGAUGAGAUUAAUUAAUGCAUUGAUUCGGAGCAUUCAUAAUAAAUUAUUUUCAUUCAUAUUCUAAUUAAUUAGUAAGAUGGACGUUUUUCGAUGAUGAUGCGGAUGAGAAAAAAUGAAUAUUAUUAUGUUAGGUAUAUGAUAACAUUAAUUAUUUGAUCGGUUGCGAUAUAAAUUAUAUUGAUGAACAAAUAUUGAUGAUUAAAGAUUGUUUUUAUAUAUAAAUGAUAAAUGAAAGGAGUGAAGACGAAUAAAUAAAUAAAUAAAUAA